UUCAGUCUCUUUUAUCUCACACACUGUUUCCCUCCUCUUCGUCUCUCUUUAGCCUCAUGUUCACGCCACAGCCAAGCCGGAGCUGAUUCCAUUUUAAGCCGACACUGAUAGCCCGCUGCCGGGGGCCGGCGGCGUCCACACAGCGGUGCCAGGAUGAAGUUUUGGGGACCAUGUUUGGUUGGAUUUUAUAUUUGUGCAGCGAUGCUUUUCAAAGGAUCCAUGCAGGGAGAACACCAGAGGAGGCUGUACAAAGAGCUGCUGGCUAACUACAACCGACUGGAGAGACCUGUGGUCAAUGACUCAGCAGCCAUCCUGGUGGAGCUGGGCCUCACACUGCUGCAGAUUAUAGACGUGGAUGAAAAAAACCAAGUGCUGAUGACCAACGCUUGGCUGCAGCUGUACUGGACAGACAUCUACCUUAGCUGGAAUCCAGAAAACUACCCCGGUGUCCAGAACCUACGAUUCCCUUCAGACCAGAUCUGGACCCCUGACAUCCUCCUUUACAACAGUGCGGACGAGCGGUUUGAUGCCACCUUCCACACCAACGUACUGGUGAAUGCGUCAGGUUACUGCCAGUACAUCCCCCCUGGGAUCUUGAAGAGCACAUGCUACAUUGACGUGCGUUGGUUCCCCUUCGACGUCCAAAAGUGCGACUUGAAGUUUGGCUCCUGGACGCACAAUGGCUGGCUGCUGGACCUCCAGAUGCUGGAUGUGGACACAUCCACUUAUAUACCCAACGGGGAGUGGGACCUUGUGGGUGUGCCAGCCAAGCGCAAUGAGCUGUACUAUGAGUGCUGUAAAGAGCCCUACCCUGAUGUGACAUUCACGGUCACCAUGCGCCGCAGGACGCUUUACUAUGGCCUCAAUUUGCUCAUCCCAUGUGUGCUGAUCUCUGGCUUGGCCCUGCUGGUCUUCCUGCUACCUGCAGACUCUGGAGAAAAGAUUUCUCUGGGCAUCACUGUGCUCCUUUCGUUAACUGUCUUCAUGCUUCUGGUAGCAGAGAUCAUGCCUGCCACGUCGGACUCUGUUCCUCUCAUCGCCCAGUACUUUGCCAGCACCAUGAUGAUAGUGGGAAUGUCUGUGGUGGUGACAGUUAUAGUCCUGCAGUUUCACCAUCAUGACCCUCAGGGAGGCAAAAUGCCCAAGUGGGUUCGUGUGGUUCUGCUGAACUGGUGUGCCUGGUUUCUCCGUAUGAAACAACCUGGCGAUGAGCGCAAGCGGCCUGUUUACAGCUACCGUCACACCUCCCAGCACCACACCAGCACCAGCUCUCUAGAGAUGGGCACUGUACCAAGCCUCACUAUGCCCCUCUCACAGACAUCCUGCCCACCUUGCCCCACAGGCACCACCAAUGGUUCCAUGAGCCACUACUUUGGAAAUUACCACGCCAUAGAGAGCCCACACUGCCCACCUUCUAGCGACUCCGGGGUAGCACUAGGAGGACGUGCCCGUGGCUCCCUCAGUGAUGAGGCUGAGACCCCUGGAGGAGUUGGCAGUGGUGUCGGAGGCCUGGGGAUGGGAGUUGGACCUGGUAUGGGAGUCAGCAUCCCCCCACCAGAGAUCCAGCGCAUCUUGGAGGAGGUGUCGUACAUAGCCCAGCGGUUCCGUGACCAGGACAAGGCUGAGGCCAUCUGCAGCGAGUGGAAGUUUGCAGCGGCGGUGGUGGACCGGCUGUGCCUGGUGGCCUUCUCUCUCUUCUCCAUCAUUUGUACCUUCACCAUCCUUAUGUCAGCUCCCAACUUCAUAGAGGCCGUCUCCAAGGACUUCACAUAGCUGUUUGCAGCAGCAGGAGAGAGAGAAGGUAAAAAGCAGAAUAUUAGGGUUAAAGAAGAGAUUGAGAGAGAAAGUGGAUGGGGGAAGGAAACAAUGAAGGGUGCAGUGUGUGGUCCUCAACCUACAGUCUGGGCACUCCAUUGGAAAGGAGCUGGGCUACACAGUAUCAUGAGAAAAUCUAACUCAAGAAACUCAAGAAUGUAAAUGGAGCCUUGCAGCUCUGUUAAGCUGCUGAAUCGAGCCAAUCAGGAAACAGAAUAUUCAUGAUUGAUAAAUAAGUAAUAGCAAAGACAAAUCAUUAUGUUACAUUAGCACAUUCCAAAUUAAGAAUAGAAACAUACAUUCAUUGUCACACUCUGACCUAAUGUUGGAGACAAACUGUUCAUAUCUAGAAGAGCAAAAUAGGUUGGGCAUGCAGACUAAACAGAAAAAUCUGGGGAGACUAAAGGCAAAAGGUUAGGAAGUAGUAGGAGGCAGUAGAGGAGUACACUGUGUAGAUUUAAUUUUUUACAUUAAUUAAGAUAUCAAUAAGGGGAAGAUAAUGUGGCAACUAAUUGUCUUUACCCUGAAAACAGUGUAAAUAUCAGUGUUUUAUCUGUAGUAUUCAUUUAGAAGCUGCUUAAUUUACUGCACAAUGACUCAUACAGCACCACAGUCCACCUCACUAUUUUUUCUCUAGUUCAUUUCACUCAUCGCAACUAUUUUUGUCCUGUAUGUACAAAUCCACAUACACACACACACACACACACACACACACACACACACACACACACACACACACACACACACACACACACACGCAAUGUACAAAUAUCACCUCAGUUUGGGUUCAUACCAACUGUUCACCUUCUUAACUCUUAGUAAGGAAAUUAGGCGUUUUCUGAUGUUGUACCAUCCCCAUAAUGAUGUUGGUUAGUUAAUAAAAUUAGAUGUUUCACUGUAAAUGUAAUUGUUUUGGCUUUCACUUCCAUCAACAUACCAUUGGACACAACUUAAUUUGCUUUUAGGAAUGCUUAUGCUGUUUUAUUUUAGCCAAUAGAAUCUGUAACAUAUUAAGAACAGUUUCAGACAGUGUAUGAAACAAUGAAACAUACAGUAUAUUGUUUCAGCACUGUGUCGACUAGUAUGUAAUGGUGUUGACCACUUACACAAAAUGCACAGAUGUCUUUCUAAAGUGCAGUCAAAUACUGUAUGAACUGUAAGUACAUCUCUUAACCAAGUGUUCUGUCACUACACGUAAAAGCCAUUGCUUCAAUUAUAGGAAAUAGGUCAAGUAAAAGUUGUCUAACUGCUGUAAAUGAAAUACUCAUAUUUAUGUACCUUGUUGGACUUCGCUGUACAUAUGUGGUCACUGAAGAUGAAGAGCGAAGUGACUUGACCCUCUGACACCACAGAAAGCAAGAAGAAAACUUCACAACCCCAUCCGCCACCAUAUCACUGGAGAAUAUACUGUAGAUUUAUAAAAGGCCCUACUGUCAGUAAGUUUUGUCUGUGUUUUGUAGAGGGAUCCGAGUGACUGAUUCACACAGCGUUGUUAACGUGUUUAGUGCUACAGUCAUUGGUCUCUUUAUCUCUUUUUCUGUGAUUCCAAGUAUGGGGUUUUGGCUCUCUAUGUUAAUAAAAUUCUAUUUAUUCUCUGUA